AUGAUUGAUACCCACACCGAGACCGCUGUAGUUGUUGUCGCUAUACGCUACGCCACGAGCAGCGAUGGCGUGGAGAGAGUUGAGGCCAUCGGGGGUAUCGUUAGCAGAGAAGGCGAAGCCAGGAUCCUGUCCGGCUCGGGCGGCGUGGUUAUACGUUCCCAAAGAGUGGACAGCGGGGUUGCCGUGACCGUGGACUGCAUUGGCAGCAGUGAGGUUGCCAACACAGUAGUGACGGUCAUUGCCGUGGUUCGCAUGGAUUGGGUUUUCGAAGUGAGUUCUGACGUGCAAGUCGAGAAGGUAUUGCGAGGGGAAUAA